GCCUUUUCCCCGCAGAAUGGGUCACAAGUGCUCCCUUUGACACGAUGCCGACGUGUGCGCAGUGCUCGAAGCGGUACGUGCGCAGCGAGCAUCUCAAGCGGCAUUUCGAGACGGCACACGGCGGCGGCGACGGCGGCGCCACGAGCCCAUCGCGGCGCUUUCGGUGCGACGAAAAGGGCUGCGGCAGGGUCUUUAAUCGGAGCGAUGUGCUGCUGCGCCACAAGAGGAGCCACUGCAGCGAAAAUGGCAGCGGCAGCCGGAGCAGAAGCAGCCGAAGCAGAGGUGAUGAUCAGCAGGGGCAGGACCCCUCCAAGCGUACUGGGGCCACCCCUGUCCGCAAGACGCGGGGCUACUACGGCGACGGAGAGGAUCUCACCAUGUCGGCCGAGGCCCCAAUAGCACCGACGGCGAUCGCAUCACUGAUCGACCCUCCUAUGGUGACCCCUGUCGCCGCUGCAGGUGGACCAGUGCAGAUGCAGAACACAGAUGUAUCCCCAGCAGACGCUCCCCUGAUGGCUUCAAUCGGCCUGCUGACCAAUCCGCGGACUUCAAUCAACGAUGGCUCGUACUCAACUGGAGGAGCAGACCUGUGGCACAAUGACUUCUUUGCCAGUCUUCCGGGCUUUGACUGGGUCCUCGACGACCAGAGCACCACGGAGGGGGGCGGCAGCAACAGCAGCAGCUUCAUGGACGAUGUCGUCACGAGCGUGUUUGGGCCGGGCGACAUGCACGGCUGUCUGGCGUCGCCCAGCCGCGUGAACCAGAACAUGAUGGAGGCGGCGGCGCGGACCGACGGGCUGGAUCCGACCGAGGCGCUUAAUUUGUUGAACAUGGCCUUUGCGGCGCAGCCCUUGAGCAGCAGCACGCUGCGAAGGCACGAGGAGAGGGAAGGCGAGGAUGCGUGGCCGCAGGACUAUCGACCGGUGCGGAGCCGGCCACCGUCGAUUGAGAUUACCGCCCUGUCGCUUGAUCUCCCUCCACCUGGCUUAGACCGGCACGUACCGAUAGUCCAGAUCGGUGACGGACAUGCUCGCAGAUCCACGACGACGGGCACAGCAGCGGGCGCAACAGCCGCUGCGUCGGUGAGCGAGGAGACGCGGCAGCAGCUGCUCGUCUACCUGGAGCACUCCUGUCGCCAUCCGUGGUCCCUCUAUUCGUUUCGGUCGCCUGCGCCCCCGGCCUUUCUGCAAGCCCACGAGAUCGAAGCGCUGCUCAACCUCUUCUUUGAGCGCUUCCACGCCUACGUCCCGCUGCUGCACCCAGCCACCUUUGAUGCAGCCGUGACACCGCCGGUGCUGCUCCUCAUCAUGAUCACCAUCGGGCUCAUCUACUAUGUGCAGAACAGGGGCCAGCACCGCACUCUUUCGCUCGCAUUCUCGGAGCUGGCCAGGAUCGGCAUCAUGAGCGCAUACGAGGCCGACCAGCGCGGCUUUCUGGAUGUGCCCAUCAAUCAGGCCUGGCUGCUGCAGCAGAUGUUUGGCGUCGCGUCGGGCGACAAGCGGCUCUGCAAGCUGGCCGAGCGCAACCGCGGCGGCAUGGUUACCGCUGUGCGCCGCACGGGUCUGUUGACGCUGCCGGCGCACAGCCAGCGUCUCUACGACACCGUCGUCGCUUCCAUCGACGACGAGGCAACACUCGCACGGCUGUGGCGCGCGUGGAUCGAGAGGGAGUCGCGCAUACGCCUGGGCUGGUUUGUGUUCCUGUACGACCAGCAAUUCAGCUGCUACCUCGAUGUGGCGCCCAUGAUUCCCGUGGGCGAGGUCUCGUCUCCGUUUCCCUGCGAGCAGGAGCUCUGGGAUGCGCCCUCUGCGCGCGAAUGGUCCCAGCGCAUCAUCAGCAGCGGCCAAUGCCCAUCGUCGACGUCGCUCGUGCCCGCCUUGCAGCACCUGCUCCGGGCUAGCGUCGAGGCGCCGCCGCUGCGCAUCAGCUCGCUCGAGGCGCUCCUCAUCUCCGCCGCCCUCUAUCGCAUCCGGUGGGACGCCAACAAGCAGCUCAUCGUCUUUGACGAGCGCGCCACCAUCGAUGGCCUCGCCGCCAAUGCGCUGCAGGGCCUCAGCCGAGCCGCCUCGCAGCGAGCGUCGCCGCUCGGCACCGAGGUCCAGCUGCUCGAGCUCCUCUCGCGGCUCCACUUUGGCGGCCCCCCGCUCUUCUUCCACCGGCUCAACGAGGCCGCUGGGCGCGCAGGCAUGGCGUCGAGCCGCCGCAGGCAUGCCGUCGCCUGGCUGCAGGACUGGAUGCGGAGCCGCGACAACCAGGGCGCGCUGCGUGGCAUGGUGGCCGCCGCUGUGCAGGUGUACGAGCUCGUGUGCGACGGAGGCACGCUCUGCAUCGUCGCCCUCUUCCACGCCGCCCUGGUCCUGUGGGCCUAUGCCAGGUUUGCUGCUGCGCCGGCGUCUGUGGCUGGGGCGCCGCCGCCCGAAGCAGGCUACACGCCACCGACGGUGUCGUCUGCGCUGAUUGAACGUGCAACCCAAGCAGGCUGCCUCGACCUGGGCGGCGAUCCGUCGCUAGUCACUGCCUGGGUCCAGGGCCAGUACACGUGCCUCGAGGACGGCAAGACGUACGACUGGCACGAGGCCGCUGCGGCGCUGACUGUGAGCGUCCGGAGCAUGGCCCUCGAGGUGGACCUGAGCCGCGAGGCCGGAACGUCGUCGGCGGCCGCAGCGCCACUCCGCAUCCUCGAGUCAUUCGCGGGCAACCUGGCUCGCUUUGAGUGGGGGCUCGCACGCUGCUUCCGUGCUAUUCUCGUACACAUGGCCAGCCAUGAGGCCGACGAGGGCGAGAGGCGGCGAAGUGCGACGCAGCAGUAGCAUGUAUAGCAAUGUAUUAUAGUAGUAGUAAAAGGAAGGC